AUGGCGAAGCAGCAGCAGCACGGCAUGGCGAUGGCGCUGGUGGUAGUGGCGCUGCUACUGGCCGCGGCGGCGGAGACGGCGUCGGCGGCUACGUGCGACGCCGGGCAGCUGACGGUGUGCGCGGCGGCGAUCGUGUCCGGCGCGAAGCCCUCCGCGGCGUGCUGCUCCAACCUCAAGGCGCAGCAGGGGUGCUUCUGCCAGUUCGCCAAGAACCCCGCCUACGCGCGCUACAUCAGCAGCCCCAACGCGCGCAAGGCCGUCGCCUCCUGCGGCAUCUCCCUGCCGCGCUGCUAA